GGUCAAAUGUGUUCCUGUUUCCUUUCCUUUCCUUACCCAAAAGUUCUAAUUGGAAGACGCGGGCGUCUCUUGAUUGGUACCCUUAAGCAGAGCUGAGGCCCUCUCAGGCUGGUCCUUGGAGCUUGUUAUCUCCCAAAAGUCAUGGUCUUGUUGCUUCCUCAAGGCCUGGCGAUAUGCGUUUUCCUUCAUGUACUCCUAGGCCUUGCAGAGGGUAGCCGAACUUUCUCCUGGGAUUUAACGAAUCACGAAUUCGAGCGAGUCACGGUGGACAGUCUAACCGUCUGUGAUAGCCUGUACAUUUCGCUUUCUUCGUCAUUGGAUGGCUAUAUCGGACAGUCUCCAUACACUCUUUUUGCCUUUGAAGCUGGUGGGGUGCUGACUGCUACGCAAAUCCAUGAAGAUGGUCUGUGGCAAGUGAAACACCCAACAGGGUCUCAGCUGCUCCUGGCUCUCGUUGAUUCCUUGGGAAACUCAGGUGGGGUCCUCCCCACAGUCUUCACGGUUGCAUCGGGACCCUCAGACUGUCUUCCCGCACUUCCCACAUCCGCAUUUGCUCCGAUGAUCAUAACGAGUGUCGACCAAAUUGAGCCUUGCGACUCCUGGAAUUUAUCAAUCUCAGGCGGAGUCCCACCGUACACCAUCAUGCUCGCAUCUCCCGGAGCCCCCUUUCUGCAGGACUUCUAUGCACCGCAAGAGUCUAGCCCGGUUUCGUUUAUAAAUAGCGGCAUCGCACUAAGAGGACCUACUAUAGCUGCCGUGCGUGAUUCAUCUGGUGUAUUUGGACAUGCAACCGAAUUUGUUGAAGUCGUCGAUGCUAGCGGAGUGUCUUGUGAGGUUGGGAGUCGGAGGGAACGGGCCGGCAUAAUGAUCCUUGCCGCACGAUCAAAUGGCACUGUAAAGAUAAGCCAUCAAGACACGAUCAUCAUUGCUGUGUGCGCAUCAGUUGGUGGGACUAUGAUCCUUGCCGUUCUGUGCUUUGCUGUGGUAAUGUUCCGACGUAGGAAGCGAGGAUUGAUUGCAGGGCAAGAUGCGCGGCCCCGGCCAUUUGAGCCCGUCAACCAAGCACCAUACACUAAUGCAUCUGUGCCACGGGCGAAUGCGUCAGUCCCUUUGUCCGUCAUUGACAUAUCCUGGCGGAACAAUUUGGUGGUGUCUCCAACGGAGGCAUCCUCCACACGCUCGCCCGUCGGUCCAAAGUCCUCUCCUUCACGCACCCAUACGCGCCCGUUGCCGGUCCCAACUGCUUCCCGCCAGCCAUCCAAUACGUCUUUGCGUUCUCCAGAAGAUUCCCCUUCACGACCUCCACGCAACCCAUCCAGCCCAUACAUUGCGCAAUCUCCACAAUCUGGUUCCUCCUCGCGCAUUCCCCGCCAGCAGCAGUCAAACUCUUCUAUGCACUCUGCCAAUAACAACCACCGUCCUACAAAUUCACCUAUGUCUCCGCAGCGUUCUGCCGUUGCACAAGAAGCCAAACGAUCUAACCCUCGCUCUCGCACCGAGAGGCACAAACGCACACUCCAUGGUUCACGUUCGACAGGGGACAUUCCUCGUGACAAUAUGGCACCACCUUCCCACCGGCAACACGCAACCGUACCCCGUUCGUCAUCAGACAUGCGCCACACGAACCACCUGCGGCAUUACUACUCUGCGUCGAAUGUCACGCAUACAAAUCGUAGCGCGGUUGAGCCAGCGGGUGUCUACCAGCACCGUGGUGGAGGGGAUCCGCCGCCGCCGUACCAUAAACUCCGACCACUAGGCAGGUAGCAUAUGAGGAUAACAAUAGAGACAUUUUGAUUUCAUUAUUGGUCAUGGG